AAUUAGUAUUAGCAUUUGCGUGGUCCAUGUACUUUUGUCUGUUUCCUCAUCUGAUCAACGCUUAAUUUAUGGUCUUUGGAUUCUAUCGAAGAGGAGAUAUAUAUAUUGUGGUUAUUAACUCUUCCUCGAAAACCUUUUGCUGCUGUUUUGUUUUGGCUUUUCAGAAAUCCAGAAAUCAAAACUGUUUUCUGCUCUUUUGUCGCUCGAAGAUUUUUGGGUUUCUUUUCCGAUCUGGGCACAUCAAUGGGCACAAAAAGUUUGUGACUUUAUUAAAAGACAAAAAGAGCUGUGUCGAAUUGAUUGAUGAUUGGGCGUUUCACAGACCCAACAUAUGUUUUGAUGAGGGUUUUGCUGUGUAAGAUCCAGUGCCCUUCUUUCAUCUGUUUCUGUAAGCCUUCUCCUCACAUCUACGCAGCAGGUUCGCUGAAAUUGGAGAACACGCCUCAAGUGUCUUCUUCCACUACUACUGUUGUUGAUGACGAUGAUGAUCAUGAUCAUUAUGUUGAUGCACAUGUAGAAGAAGGUGUUGAUCAUGUGGAUGGUUUGUUGAAUGAGGUUAGAGAAGAAGAUUGUGCUGUAGAGGGAAAGGAAGAAGAUUGUGCAGUAGAGAGAGAACAAGAAGAAGAGGAAGGCCAAAGUCAUGGGGAAAGCCUGAAAAGCAGUCUCAAGAAGGUGGUUUCGGAUUUAGGAGAUGGUGAGAGAAGGGAGAAGAAGAAGGUACAGUGGGUGGAUUUGAUGGGGAAAGAACUUGCUGAGAUCCGUGAAUUCGAGUCUAGUGAAGAAGAAGAUAUCAGAUAUGAUGGCGAUAAAAACUGCGUUUGUGUUAUUCUGUGAUCAGCUCGUCUUAGUUUUACCCGGAGAUAAGGCUAUGGUGAAAGGUGAAGAAGCUUGCUCGAGAUUUAGCUCUCUUCGUCUUGUGGCUUGGGCUGUGGAGUCCAUAUUCAUUGAGGUACAUAUAGUAGAAUCUGCGAUUGUGUUCAUCAACCAAUCUACAUUUGCUCGCCUGAGGUUAUAUGAUGAUUCUAGGUACAACAUGGCAGCAUUCUAUUACCUUUUUAGGAUUGUCAAGAGAUUUGCUUUCUGUGACACUUGUUUCUUUGACCAGUUAGUGAAUUUCUUUCUCACUCAGAUUCUAAAAAUUUUAACACUACAAGCAUUAUAUUUUUGAGUUCUCA